AUGAAAGAUGACGAUUGCUUCUUGGAACUAUUCAAGCUCCAUAAAAUGUUUGAAAAUUCAUUCCACAUUACAAACCCAAAACAAGAUAAUUCAAUAGAAAAGGUGUACAAUAACGAUAUAAUUUCAAUUAAUAUUUUAUUAAAGCCCACUGAUCCCGAUUUUGAUAGAACAAUACUAUCAAUUAAUGAUGGAAUAAAAAUUAAUCUUAAUUUACAUCGAGUAUCUGUAAAUAAUUAUCCUGAUUCCACAACAAAUCCUUCAGAAGAUCAUAGAAUCUCAAAUUUAAACACAAACUUAGACCAUUUACCAAACUUUCAGAGUGAUCAAUAUAGAUCCGGAACGUACUACGAUGUUAAGGAUAUAUCUGACAUCAGUAUAGAUGAUAAUACACUUUCAGAACAUUUUAAAAAUUCCAUAAGGAAAGUACUUCUAGACUAUAUUUCUAAAAAUUCCAAGCUCAGAAAGUAUGUAAUAUACGAAUCUCUAAAAUUUUUGGAUAAAAACCUGCUCAAAAUAUACACCAUUUCGGAAUCCGUUAGGAACAGCCGUACUAAUAAUGUAGCAACACAAGGAACUGAAUCAAAGGGUGGUGUGGAAAAGAAUAACACUACAAAGUCAGCAAAUUCAGAUAACCCAUGGACCUUAGAGGAGCAAAAAUGCCUUGAAGAUGGCCUUGUUAGAUCGAAAGGGAUUUCCGACCCAAGAGAGAAAUGGUUGUUCAUUUCCAAAAUGGUAAAGACGAGGACACCAGAAGAGUGUAGAAAGCGCUUCUUACGCUGCAGAGAAGUACUGGUCAGAAAUAACAGAACAGAAGAAAUCAAAGAACCAGAACAACCAACUUACUCACUGGACAGGACUGGAUCUUUGUCAUUUUCAAGACUGGAAAUGAUUAAACUGUCUCUGGGAAGGAUCGGAACAUUCUCGAUGGAUAUCGUAUGCCUGAGGUGUACUGAUAGGUUUGAGGUUACAUUGGCAGACCUGGGUGAAAAGACCAUCAUUUACUCUAAAAACUGCCAAAAGUGUAGUGUACCAAUUAGGUGCGAAUUCACACCUUCACUCUUCUUCCCAUCACAACUAACAUUCGGGAACCUGUCACUUUUAAACUCUGAUUUUAUCGAUCUUAACCACGCUGAAUUUAAACUAACCUGUGAAGAUUGCGAAACACAAUUAAGAAUAAGAGAAGUAAAAAUAGGGGAUAAAAAGAGUAUGAAUUGUAGAGGCUGUUUUACAAAGUUUCUAUUCUCUUUUGGUAACGUUCAAUUUGGAAGAGGAGAGGAACCAUCAAGAGAAAGUUCAGUUAAGAAGGUUAUAAAAUAUGAAAGGAAAACACCGACGGUAAAAGGAAUAAAAGUAGGAACACCCCUUCCAGCAAAUGGAACGUGCAAACAUUACAAAAAGUCAUUCAGAUGGUUCAGAUUCCCAUGCUGUGGAAGACUAUUCCCCUGCGACACCUGCCAUGAUGAAGCUACCGACCACAAAUGUGAAUACGCCAACUUUAUAGUAUGCGGAUAUUGCUCAACACAACAAGCAGCGUCAAACAAAGUUUGCAAAUUCUGUAGUAAGGGGUGUACAGCUUCAUCAAGCUCACAUUGGGAGGGAGGAAAAGGAUGUAGAGAUGGUACCAAACUAAGCAGGAAGGAUUCCAAGAAAUAUAAAUUAAUUAGUAAAAAUAACGGAAAAAACCAGUGUAAAGUAAAAUCACAAAUUGAAUUUAUCACGAAUAGCCAAAGCAGUAACAAAAGUUUAUCGUCAUAUUUACGUUAUAAGAUGUAUCAAUACCCACCAAAAAGUUGUGGUAUAGUGGAAUGUAGACUUUUAGUCGUUUUAAUAUUGUUUUCGAUUUUGUAUUUUAAUUAUUUUGUAUUUCAUCAGAAUAUAUUUGUUGUUUAUCUAUUUAAAAGAUGUUUAAACCAAUGA